AUGUCCUUAGCAUCUUCCAUUAACAUCACAACCUACAAGUACAAAAAACAUUUUAGUAAGUUGCAUCUGGUCAUCACAAACUUAAAUAUAUUUAACCUCUGUAUUCCCGAACAGAUCCCCUACUGGGCGUCCUGCAUGAACUACCCUUACAUGAUGAUGCCGAGUUACCAUACCUCAGCAACUCCCAGUCUCGGAUUUCCACAAAUGGGUCUCGGUUUCGGCAGUGUUACCAACCCUCAGGCCGGUCUUCAGGCCGUUCCACUGGCCCAGGGUCUGCCCUGUGCUCCUGUCAGUAUGCCGGUGCUGAGCGGCGGUGACGAUUUCUACCUAACUGGUGGUGGAGAGACCGAGGAGAUACCAUCGGGUCUGAUGGAUUAUACCUGGCUGGUUGAAGAUAGCAUCGAAAGCCAGAACUACUGGUACGAACGAAAAGGCGAAUUCCAGGAAGCAGUUGCGAAGAAAGAGAAUCGAUCUUAA